AUACUCUAGUACCUCUCUUCAAUUCUUUAAACAUUUCAUCAUAUAAUAUCAGUAUCAGAUCGAUCGAACUGAACAAUUGUUGUAGCUAUAGAUAACCCUAUUUAUUAGGUCAUACAUGAAUAUGCAGGAGGAGUUGAUGAAGAUGAAGAUAUUAAAGAAGAAGAAGAAGAAUGAGUUUGAAGAAGAUGAAGAAGAAACAAUAUUGCCGGUUAGUCCGACCGGACAAUUCUUCAACAGCUCUUCUUUAUCAAUAUCAAUUCUAGCCGUUUUAGAAACACAAAUCCCCAUCGAUGAUUCCCAUGCCAUUACUCUACUCAAAGAUCUCUUUUUACCCAUCAAUCCACGUUUCUCCUCAAUCAUGGUGACGGAUAACAAUGGUGUAAAAGAAUGGAAGAAAGUGAAAGUCAACCUCAAUGACCAUGUCACCGUCCCUGUUUUCCGAGCCGGAGAGUCGCCGGAGUUCUAUGAGGAACAAUUUAACAAAUACUUAUCAAAGAUAGCCUUACAAGAACUUCCCCUUGGAAGGCCAUUAUGGGAACUUCAUAUUAUUAAGUAUCCAACAACGACUGUAGCUGGAAAUGUUGUCUUCAAGCUUCACCAUGCACUUGGUGAUGGGUUUUCUUUAAUGGGUGCUCUUCUUUCUUGUCUCAAGAGAACUGAUAACCCUAAUUUGCCCCUUAAUUUUCCAAGUUUUCGUGGAGAGGUUAAACCUGGUUAUCAGAAACAGGGGAUUUUUCAGGAAUUGGGUAAGGGUUUUUCAUUUUUGUAUAAUUCAAUCUUUGAUUUUGGAUUUGGGCUUGUGAAGAGUGGUGUGGUUGAUGAUGGUCGGACUCCGGUGAGGUCCGGGGAGUCUGGGGUUGAGUUCUUGCCUAUUGAUAUUUGUACAAUCACUUUUGAACUUGAUCAACUUAAACAAAUCAAGGCCAGUCUUCAAGUUACUAUAAAUGAUGUGAUCACGGGUAUAAUAUUCCUUGGCACGCGUCUAUACAUGAAAGAAUUCGGAGAAAAUUUGGAGAAACUCGAUAGCUCGACCGCAUUGGUGCUGCUGAACACGAGGGAUAUAGACGGUUAUAGCUCGGUUGAAGAAAUGGUCAAUCCGAAUAAGAACAAGAACACAAACACGAAAUGGGGAAACCAAUUUGGUUUCUUGCAUGUUUCUCUUCCACAUUUAAUCUCUUCCAAUGUUUUGAAUCCUCUCGAAUUCGUGUUCGAAGCUCAAAGGAUUAUCAAGAGGAAGAGAAGUUCGGCUGCUGUUUUGCUCUCGGGUAAAUUGCUAGAACUAAUGAGAAAAUUUAGAGGGCCAGAGGUGGCGGCAAGUUACAUUCAUGGAACCUUAAACAAAUCAUCCAUGACGAUCUCCAACUUGAUCGGACCGAUUGAACAAUGUAGCUUGGCCAACCACCCAUGCCCCGGGAUGUACUUCAUGGUUGUAGGUGUUCCUCAGAAUCUUACCAUAACAAUGAUAAGUUACAUGGGGAAAAUGAGGAUUGCGGUGGGAACCGAGAGGACUCAUAUUAAUUCGCAAAAGUUCAAGUCUUGUCUCGAGGCAGCCUACGAUAUGAUAUUCAAGGAGGGCGUACUUUGAGAUCUUUGAUCAACAAAUAUAUAUUCAAUCUUCAUUAUUUUGGGAUUGUAAUUUAAUUAUUUGUUACACCAUGGUCCAUGCUAUGUGGGGGCAAUAAGUGGGUUGUUUUGGAAAAGGAAUACAUACUGGUAAAACCAUGUGAUAUUUGUUUGGUUCAAUAUGUCUAAGUUGAGUAGUUCAAUGGGAUCGAUCACAUGUAUUGUAUGACUGUAAAAUUUAAAGUUAUUUUUACAGUUCAAACCUUAAACUAAUAUG